CUAUGCAUGUGCCUGUUCCUCACUAACGUCGAGAUCCCCAUCGUGACGACCGCCCUGGUCAGCAUCACCGACGAGUUUGGAGGCUUCGACAAGGCCAGCUGGGUCAUCUCGGCGUACCUGCUGGGCUACGUCGGCGUGCUGAUCAUCCUGUCCAAGCUCAGCGACAUCUUUGGCCGCAAGUCGGUCCUGCUCGCCGUCAUCCUUGUCUUCACCAUCUUCUCAGGCGCCUGCGGCGCGGCCCAGUCGAUUGAGCAGCUCAUCGUCUUCCGCGGCUUCCAAGGCAUUGGAGGCGCGGGCAACUACGCCAUCAGCUCCGUCAUCUUUCUCGAGCUGGUGCCCUCGCACAAGUAUGCCAAGUAUACCAGCUCCAUAUCUGUCGUCUACUCGCUUUCGCUGCUCUGCGGCCCUCUCCUCGGCGGCGCUAUCAGCGAGUACUCGAGCUGGCGCUGGAUCUUUCUCAUCAACGUCCCCGCGGCCCUGCCUACAGCCCUCCUCCUCGUCUUUACCCUGCCCUCGGGCUUCCCGCGCCACCACCUGCCACCGCAUGCUCGCGCGACGCGCCACUACGGCUUCUCACGCGACGCGCUGCGCCGCCUCGACGGGCCCGGCACGGUGCUGCUAUUGCUGGGGACGAUGGCGCUCGUCGCCGCGCUGGAGGAGGCCGGGGUGCACUUCCCGUGGAGGUCGGCCCCCGUCAUUGUCCUCCUUGUGGUCGCCGGGCUGGCGUGGGCGGCGUUUCUGUUCUGGGAACGCCGUGUGACACUGCGCCAGGGCAAGGGGAGCAAGGUGGAGCCCGUGUUCCCGUGGCGUUUCGUUCAGAAUCGCGUCUGGAUUGGCAUGGUGCUCAACGCCCUCUUCUUAGGCGCGCCCUGGUUCUGUGCCAUGUUCCAGCUGCCGCAGCGGCUGCAAAUCGUUAACGGCAUGAGCCCCGUCGAUGCGGCUGUGCGAGUGAUCCCGUUCAGUCUGGCGGCGCCGCUUGGUUCGGUGGUUGCGCCGACCAUUGCCAAGGUCGGCCGGGUGCCCCCGCUGUACCUUGUACUGGCCGCGGCCGUGGUGCAGGUGGUGGGCUUUGCGCUCCUCUCGACGCUGCCUGACGGCGCGCCGGUACUUGCGGCGCAGUACGGGUACGAGAUCAUCGCGGGCUUUGGGUGUGGCGUGAACAUCACGCUGCUGGUGCUCAUGACGCCUUUUUGCGUUCAGGAGAGAGACAAAGCUGUCGCCAUGGGUGCUGUUGCCCAAUUCCGUGUGAUGGGCGGCGCCAUAGGCCUCGCGAUUGUGACUACCGCGUUCAACGGGCUCGUCAGGGGCCGGCUCGGGGAUCAGCUUGCCCCGGGCCAGCUAGAACAGCUAUUGCAAUUCCCGGGGAACAUUGCGUCGCUGCCUCCGAGCGUUCAAGAAGCAAUCCGGGUUGCGUUUGCUGAUGGAUACGCACUCCAAGCCAAGAUCCUAUGUGGAUUAGCCGCUGGGCAGAUCCCGGCCUCGUUCUUGAUGUGGCAAACGAAGCAGAUCCUAGUGUAA